AUGCACCCGAAGCGUACACAGCCGCCACGCAAAACGACACAAAACGCCGCAAAAUCCGGACCAAUCGGUCAGAAGAGGAAAGAAUGUAACAAACGGAACGCCGACGACGUCUCAUCAAUUUCAACAUCACCAGAGAUUCAAUCAUCUGAAGAUUCAAACAAAAUUACACGUUCAAAGAAGUCGUCAAAAGAAAAAAAGUCCACCGACAAGCUCGAUCAAGUGGAUGAUUCAAUGGAUAAUGCGCCACUCGCCGGUCGUAUCAAUACAAAUGCAUCCGAACCGCCUUCAAUAACAAUCAAUCUCAUCAAUGAAAGUGAUCAGGAACAAGAUGAAUCGUCAGAUUCUAACCAAGAAGAACCAAACACACCACAAUCCACCAAUAUCAACGAACAUGAUGAAAUUCUGUUCUCCACAGCAAGACCGACUACAAUAACCGAUAUUCUUUUCACAAACGAAGACAUGAAUCCAACAACGAACACCAAUAACAAUACAAGCACGCAAAAUACAGUGACUAUCAAGGACCUGUACGAUCCCGUAGACGAUCCAACAUCAAUAAUGGAACCUCCAAUCAAAGAUCCAUUUCAAUUCGACUUCACAAAUAUACCUAUUGUCAAUCAUCUCCGUCCACCGACUGUCAUUUUACCUAAAUCACAUCAAACUGGGCCAAAGCGAAACUAA